AUGAAGAGUGCAAUAUUUUUUAUUAAACUUUUUAUAUGUAUGUCAUUCAUAUGUGCACUGGAAUAUGUUCAUAAGGGUGUGAAAAGUAAGGGUAAUGAUUUAUUAUUAUGGCAGUGUGAAAAUUGUUUGUUUUAUUCUUUAAAUAGAUCGUUAGCAGAAGGCACAAGUGAAUCGAAUGAGAAGAAAGUAAAAAGAGAUAUUCCUAAUAAGGAAUUAUUAACAUCAUUAAAUAUAAAUUAUGAAGAAUAUGAACAAAUGAAACAACUUGUAGAAUCUUUUAUAGAUAAUAAUAAUAUAAAUAUUACUAAUGAAGUUUUAAAAAAUAUAAAUAGUUUUACAAAUAUAGAAAAUAUAUUUUCUUUAAUUAAUGAUUCAACAAAAUCACCUAUAUUAAAAACAUUUUUAAAAGAAUUCGGAUCAAUAUUUCCAUAUUUAUUAAAUAAAAUUCCUAAAUUAUUAUUUGAUUUAUGUCAACGUAAUCCUUUACAUAUUAUCUUAGGUUUAAUUGUUAUUUUAGCUGCUAUUUAUGUAUUUGAAAAUUUCAAAAAUUUUGAAUGUUAA